AUGGCCUCCCGACUUGCGUUUAAGCGACUGCCGACGAGCCUCGCCGCUCGGUCAUGGUCUCCUGCGACUCGAACAGGUGAUGGCGUUCGUUUCCAGAGCACAGCCUCAAGCCUGGCAGAAAGAGUCCAGGAUACGAUAAAGGUACUACCACAUUCAAUUCUCCCCAUUGUAUGCUUUGAGACUAACGCCAUAUGGCAGAAGGAGGCCAGCCUGCCCAAUGCCGACCCAGCACCCGACUCCGCGAGUGCUACCCUUGUCCGAGAGCACUCUGAAUACAUGGUAGCAACGUAUUCCAGGCCGCCUCCAGUCUUUGAGAAAGGCGAGGGAUCAUAUUUGUGGGACAUCGAGAACCGCAGAUACCUAGACUUCACUGCUGGCAUCGCUGUGACCGGUCUGGGCCACUCUGAUCCUGGCGUCAGCAGUGUCAUUGCUUCGCAGUCGCGGACUUUGAUGCAUGCGUCGAAUCUGUACUAUAAUCCCUGGACAGGGGCGCUCUCCAAGCUCUUGGUGGAGCAGACUGUUGCCGCCGGAGGCAUGCACGAUGCCAAAGCUGUCUUUGUCUGCAACUCGGGCAGUGAGGCCAAUGAGGCCGCCAUCAAGUUCGCACGGAAGGCCGGCAAGAUAACAGAUCCCUCUGGACAGAGGACUGAGGUGGUCAGCUUCAAGAACGCCUUUCACGGCAGGACUAUGGGAAGCCUGUCGGCCACCCACAACCCCAAGUACCAGGAGCCGUUUGCCCCUAUGCUGCCUGGCUUCAAGUGUGGAACGUAUAAUGACGUCGCUGGUAUCAAUGACCUGGUCACAGAGAAGACGUGCGGUGUCAUCGUCGAACCCAUUCAGGGUGAGGGUGGCGUACAAGUCGCGACCGACGAAUUUCUUCUAGCCCUCGCCAAGCGCUGCCGUGAAGUCGGCGCAGUGCUCAUCUAUGAUGAGAUUCAGUGCGGACUGCACCGCACGGGGACCAUGUGGUACCAUGCCAGGCUGCCGAAGGAGGCACACCCUGACAUCAUCACGACAGCAAAGGCCCUCGGCAAUGGCUUCCCCGUUGGCGCUACCAUCGUCAACGGCCAUGUCGCUGAUUGCAUCAAAAUCGGUGACCACGGCACCACCUACGGCGGCAACCCUCUUGCUUGCCGCGUCGCCCAUUACGUCCUUGGCCGGUUGGCUGAUCCGGCACUUCAGGAAGGCAUCGCAGCCAAGAGUGCCGUCAUGAUCAGGAGCCUGAACCAGCUCAGGUCGAAAUACCCCGAGCGCAUUGGAGAGAUCCGCGGAAGGGGACUGCUGCUGGGUUUGCAGCUGAACGAGGACCCUAGUGAUAUCGUCACCGCUGCCAGGGAGCGCGGUUUGCUCAUCAUCACUGCUGGCGUGCAGACGCUGAGAUUUGUGCCGAGCUUGGUCAUCUCCGAGGCCGAGAUCCUGGAGGGCUUGAGCAUCCUUGACCAGGCUUUUGCGGCCACGCAGAAGCAAUGA